AUGUUUGGAUCUCGUCGCUCUCGUGCUCCCGCUGCUGGAAUGGGUGGCGGAGGUUAUGGAGCUGCCCCCCUCGACGAAGAGGAUUUGGAAUGGGAGGCGGGCGUCGCGGCGCUGGCUCCGCAACCCAUGGGAGGGGGAAUGGGUGCUGGAAGAACCGGUGGCAUGGGGAUGGCUCCUGGUGGGUUGUUGCUCCUCGCGUUAGGACCCGCGAUCGCAUCAAGCGACUCUUUGGAUUUGGCCGUUCGCGUCGUAGGACGGCUAUGUACUAAACCAGCCCGUGGUGCAAGCGUGCUUUGA